UUCUCAAUCUCUUAAAAAAAAAAAAAAAAAAAAAAAAGCAAGACGAAGAUCAUAUCACCAGCGCCCAUCUUUGUUAUUUGUGAGUACAGUUUUCUGCGAAUGUUGCUCAUGGCAACGAGGUGGUGAUAUAUACGUACACAUAUUUGUAUUGAAUGGAAGCCAGGAGGAGGCUCGCGAUUCUUCGUUCCCACCUCCGCCCGAUCAUUCCCGAUACGGGUCGGAGUCCGAAUCCGACCCGGUGCCCUCUUUUGAGGGUUUCGGGCUGUGGGUCUGGUUCGGCCGGUGACUGGAGGAUGGAAGCGUCGAAUCUCCAAAACGACUGCGUUUUCUGCAAGAUAAUCCGCGGGGAAUCUCCGUGUCUCAAGUUGUACGAGGAUGAUAUGUGCCUAUGUAUUCUGGAUACGAACCCACUAAGUCAUGGGCACUCUCUUAUCGUUCCCAAGUCUCAUUUUCCGACCUUGGAGUCAACUCCUCCCUCAGUAGUUUCCGCCAUGUGUUCUAAGGUGCCCCUUAUCAGCAACGCCAUCAUGAAAGCUACUGGAAGUGAUUCGUUCAACUUACUGGUUAACAAUGGCGCAGCAGCUGGGCAAGUCAUAUUUCAUACUCACAUUCACAUUAUCCCGCGCAAGGAUCGUGACUGCUUAUGGGCUUCCGAGAGUUUGAGGAGACAUACACUGAAACUGGACAAGGAAGCUUGCCAACUCGCAUUUCUUGUCCGAGAACAAUUGUCAACCCCUGAACCACAAACGCAAACGCAAUCGCAGCUGCAGACGCAGUCGCAACCGCAACCCAACCUCCAAUGAAAUGGGAAUUCUGUUAUGUUUUAAAUCUUGUUUUCAAAGCUAUUGUUGUAACUUUUAUAAUGUAAUUUCCCCAUUAUGUAUGAUUCAUACCCAUUUCUCAUUUGAUCUUUCCAUAAUC